AUAAAUAAUUUAAGUACAAAUAAAAUUAUAUUAUUACAUUUAUAUUUUAUAUAUAUAUAUAUAUAUUAUUAUAUGAUGCACAAAUAACUUUUGAAAACGUUAAUUACAUUUAUUAAUAUUUUAAUUUUUAAAAUAGUAAUUUCUUUUGAUGUAAGAUAAAUUUAUCUAUAUUCACAUUUUUAAUCAGUGACAGUAAAUGACAGUUGAUUAUGUAUCGUCAAAACAUGUUCUUUGUUUUUAGAUUAACAAUUUAUAUUUAUUAUACUUACGUUUAAAUUUUUGUAUUAAAAUUUAGUAAUUUAAUAGUUUUUGUGUUUUAACACUUUUAUAUAUAAUAAUAAUAUGUUAUAUUAAUAAAAUGUAAAAUAUAAAUAUUUUAUAUAACCAAAAUCAUUUUUUCGUGAUUAUUUUAUAUUUUUGUAAAAAUUAUGUAUAUUAUUAUCAAUAGCGCAGAAAAAAGAACUUGUAUUUCUUUUUAAAUAUCUAAAAAUAUUUAUCUUUAUUAUAUGUUUAAAUAUUUAUUAUUAUUAUAAACGUGAAUCAUCGAUAUAAAGAUUAUCAUUAUCAGUACUUAUUUACACAAUAAUCUAAUGAUAGGAUGGAAAAUAUAAUUCCAUUAUUAUGAAUACAAAUAUUAUUUUAUAGAAAAGUUAAACUGUUUGGUUAUUAAAGUAGUUAAAAUGCCAAGUUCAUAUUUAUAUGCUAUAAAUAAUGAGGGGCGCGUAUUUGGAUUGUCAACAUCUGGAAACAUGUGGAGAGAAUUCAUGUACUUGGGUCUUGAGUUUAAACAAUUAUCAGCAGUACCACAUUUCAUGUGGGCUAUAGGUGGUGAUCGUCAAGUUUAUGUACAUGUACAUGGUUUAGAUGUACCUAUAAGAAUCAAGGAAGAAAUAUAUGAAAAUGAACGUUGGCUUCCUUUAGAAGGAUUUAGUGGAAGAUUAUUGCCUACAGAUAGGUAUAAUUUUUCUGAUCAAGAUGGUACAGUUGACCGUAGCAGAGAUAAAGUAAAAUUACCAUCUAUGGCUUGGCAAUGGGAAGGUGAUUGGCAAAUAGAAACUACAUUGGAUGGUCAACCAUUAGAUCAUGAUGGAUGGACAUAUGCAGUUGAUUUUCCAGCUACAUAUACAACAAAAAAACAAUGGAAAUCUUGUGUUAGAAGAAGGAAAUGGGUUCGAUAUAGGAGAUAUAGUGCUAUGAAUUCAUGGUGUGCUAUUGCACCCCUUCAUAAAGAUGCAACUAAAGAACCUUUUAUUGAUAUAUCUGUGGGUGGAAAUCAAAUACCUGGUGGUAAUCCCGGAUGUUUAAUAGUUUGGGCAGUAACUGCUCAUGGCAGGGUAAUGUUUCGUGUUGGAACUAGUACUACUUGCCCUGAAGGUCAAAGAUGGAGUACUAUAAAAUUAGCAAAUGGAUAUGAAGUAUGUCAAAUCACUGUUGGAAUGACUGGUCUUGUGUGGGCAGUGUUAAUGAUUGGUAAAGCAAUUGUGCGUACAGGUGUGACUAGAGAAUAUCCAAUGGGUGAAGAUUGGGUAGAAGUUGAUCCUCCACAAAAAGAUUUAAAAUUAGUACAAGUUAGCAUAGGUACGGAUGCUGUGUGGGCUAUAACACAAGAUGGAGGAGUAUGGUUUAGAAAAGGUAUUAAAGGUGAAAUGAGUGGAGUUUGUGAACAAAUGGCUGUUGGAACUGGAUGGGUGGAAAUGUUAAGUAAAAUGUCACUGGUAUCUGUUGCUCCAAAUGAUCAGGUUUGGGCCAUAGGCCAUGAAGAUAGAUGUUUAUAUUAUCGCGCUGGUAUUACACAAUCAGAAUUAACGGGUAAAAAAUGGAGAUUAAUAAAUGCACCUCUUCAACUUAGUCGAGCAAGUAGUAAUGCUAGUUUAUCUUCAAGUAAUAGACAUAGUAUGUGUGGUACCCCACAACAACAAAGACAUCAAAGUUGGGGAUCAUUGAAUCGACCACAUAGUACUAGUGAAGGUACUACAUUGAUUAGAGAGUGGGAAGAACAAUCUCGUUCUGCACCAACACCAACAUCAUUAAAAUUAUGGCAACGUGUAAAUGAUGGUACUUCUACAAAGAAUUCACAACAAACAUCUUUCCAAGAUAUAUACUUAAAUGAAGAUAAAAAACGAUCAGCAAAUUCAUUAGAUAUGAACGAUUUAACCGAAGCUAGCGUUGCUAAUAUAACUAUAUCGAAUGAAUCAUUGACUAAAACUGGAGAAUCUAUAAUAGUAUCUGGGAAAGGAAUGGGCAAUGUUGUUAAGAUCAAUCCAGCUGCAUGGAGUCCCGUUCAUUCAGUCGGUUCUAUGGUAGGUGUCGAAGCUCAUCCGGAGACAGAUGGAAGUAUUUUCGAUCCUGACUUGACCAGUGAUUCGGGUGUUUAUGGAGAAGAUGAAAGCUCUGGGGCAAUGUAUUGGGCUGAAUGUGAUACCUCUUGGUAUAAAGUAGAAGCUGGAGCAUGUUUUGUUGAUUUAUCUAAUCCUCCAAAAUGGAUUGCAGAUUCAAAUGGUACAAAUCAUGGGGAUGUAGCAGAGACAUGGAGAAUAUAUAUUUUGGAGGAGUUAAAGAAAAGAUUACAAAAAGUACAAUAUGAUCCAUCAAUAUACGAAAAAGUAGUUGAAAAAUCAUCUUGGGUAAAAAAUGGUAAUGCAAAAUGCAAAGUUAAGGGUGGUACUUCAUACGAAGAUUGUGUUAUUGAAUUAGAAUGGAUAAGUAGUAAUAGUGGUUUUUUAGAUUCAGGAAUUGUAACUAUUUUAAAUUCGGAUGGAGCAACAACAAUUAUGCAAUUUCCUGUCUCUGAAAUUAUGUGUGUAGUUUGCUGUAGUGAACCAGGUAAUCCACGAAUAGCGAUUCAUACUCCUCGAAUGCCACGUUCUAAAGUUCUUAGAUUGCAAUUUUCUAGCGAUACUGAAAUGGAAGAUUGGUUAGCACAUUUAACAUCAGUUUCUUGUCAAAUGAAUAAUGUUUAUGGAAAACCUAGUCCUAAUACAAUAUGGGCUACUACUGCAUUAGGAGAUGUGUAUGUAUAUGAUCCUGCUAUUAUAGAAGAAAAUCAGUUUACUAAUGGUGCUUACGUGCAAGAAUUAGAUGUUGUUGGAAAAGAAUUACCUUUUGAAUGUAUUUUGCAAAAUGGUUUUGGAUAUGGUAGUUCUUUAAAAAUUACUGUUUGUAUUCAUGAUGAUGCUGAUAGAUUAUCAUUCAAUUUUGUCUGUUAUUCAACGAUGUCUUUAAAACAAAAAUCUGUAAUGGAUUGUCAUGAUGUAGCAUUACAUUUUAAUCCAAGAUUAAAAGAAAAUAUUAUUGUGCGAAAUACAUAUCAAAAUGGACAAUGGGGCGAUGAAGAAAGAAACGGAGAUAUACUAUUAAAACCUGGUUCUAAUUUCACAUUAAAUAUUAUAUGUGAAACUCGAGGAUAUAAAAUCUAUAUCGAUGAUAAGGAAUUUACUUUUUAUAGUCACAGAAUAUUGCCACAAAGUAUUACUCAUUUACGGAUUAAAGGAUUAAUGACAUUAUGCAGCAUAUCGUAUAAAUCUACAUCUAUAAUUAUUGAUCCAAUUACAAUGUUUUGGAGACAAAUGGGUGGACAUUUGAAAAAGGUUGAAACUUGUUCUGUUGGUGUAACAUGGGGAAUAGGAUAUGAUAAUAUUGCAUGGGUAUAUACUGGUGGUUGGGGUGGUUUAUUCCUAAAAGGAUUAGAUAGUAGUACGGGAAUAAAUACUAUGGUAGAUACUCAUAAUUAUUAUGUUUAUGAAAAUCAACGUUGGAAUCCAGUAACUGGAUAUACUUCUCAUGGUCUUCCAACGGAUCGUUAUAUGUGGAGUGAUGCAUCUGGACGUCAUAAACGUACCCGAGAACAUACUAAAUUAUUAUCGAUGCAGUGGCAUUGGGUAUCAGAUUGGAUAGUAGAUUUUCAUACCCCUGGAGGUGUUGAUAGAGAUGGUUGGCAAUAUGCUACAGAUUUUCGUUCUCAAUAUCAUGGUAAAAAACAAUUUACUGAUUAUGUUAGAAGAAGACGAUGGUUUCGAAGGUGCCAAUUAACAACUAGUGGACCUUGGCAAGAAAUAGGAAAUACAAAAUUGAUUGAUGUUUCUUUAUAUGCAACUGACAAACCUGGUUCAGAUACUCCUGUUUAUAUAUGGGCAGUUGCCUCUAAUGGUGAAGCUUUAUUUAGAAGAGGUGUUUCAGAAUCAUGUCCAAUGGGAGUUUCAUGGGAACAUAUACCAAGUGAUCAAGCUUUAGUAGGUAUUUCGUGUGGUCCUUGUGGACAAGUUUGGUCUGUUGGAAAGAAUGGUUCCUCUUAUUGGAGAUUAGGUAUUACUUCUGUAAAACCAACAGGAAUACAAUGGCAGAAUGUUGAACCACCGGCAGGUGCUCAUUUAAAACAAAUUUCUGUUGGAAAAAACGAGGUGUGGGCCUUAGAUACAAUAGGUAGAUUACACAUACGACGGGAUGUACAGGUGAAUGUUUUUCCAGAGGGAACAUAUUGGCAAACGCUUCCUGUGAUGCCAAAUGAUCCUAUACAUAUAGAUAUGUCCGUUGCAAAUGCGAAACAAGGUUUUCGACACGUUGCUGUUGCAAGAGAACAAGGCCAAGUUUGGGCAAUUUCAGGUGCUGGUAUACUUUGUCGUAGAAUAGGUAUUACUGAUGACAAUCCAGCUGGAACUGGUUGGGCAACUGGUAUAGGGGCAAAUUGGCAGUAUAUAAGUGUGGGAAGUCUUAUAAAUAAAACUAAAUGAAAAACUAAUUUUCAAAUGGAAAACUAAUUAUUAAUUAACAGAUAUGCAAAAUAUUAAUAUCUAUACACAUUAAUAUUUAAGAAUACAAUUCUUUAUCGUUUAGUUUCUUUAUAUUUUUCAUAAAUAAAAAAAAUCAAUGCGUAUGCGUAUAUGUAGCUAUAUUUAUAUAUAUGAUAUGGCUUAGCUGUUGCAAUUUUAUGACACAAGCUUGAUACUAUGAUAUAUUUCAUAAGUAACAGAGAUAUUAUUUUAUCUAAAACGUACAAAGAACAAUAAUAUGAAAUUAAUUGUUCAUAUUACUUUCAUUUAUAUUUUAAUAGAUAUAAAUACAUAUAAAAAAAAUAAUAUUAAUGAGAUUAUUUAUACACGUCUGUAAACUCUACUCAUAUAGUUUUAUUAAAAUUUUAUAUCAAAUGAAUCAAAGAAACAUUCCAAAUAUGUGCAUUUAAAUAAACAAAUAUAAUUCGUAAUUAUACAGAGUAUUAAUAUAUUCACGAAAUAUCGUUAGAUUCGAUUUUUGAGCCAAAAUAAAUCCAAAUUUUUAUAUAAAAAUCACUUAAGACUUAUUUAAUUAUUAAAUUAUAAGCAAUUUAAAUUUACGGAAUUGAAGAUGAAAUAAAUUGGCAAUAAAAUGCAAUGAUAAAAAUAGUUUUAUUUUAUUUAAAUUAAUCUUUUUACGUUUCGUAUAUAUAAGGCAAUACAAUACAAAUUUCAGUUGCUUAUAAUUUAACAAAUAAGUUUCAGUCGAUAUUUUUAUAUAUCAAUUUUUUUAUUUUGGCUUCUAAAAUCGAUUCUUUAAAACUAUUCCGCAAAUAUAUUAACACUUUGUAUAUAUGUAUAAUAAAAAAUGUGACAUUACAUAUUAAAUUGUACGAAAUGCCUUGUCUAGCUAUAAAUUAUUUUAUUAUAAAAUAAGAAAACUGAACAUUAAAAGAGACUGUUCAUUCAAAUAUUUGAAAAAUUGAAAUUAUAUUAAAAUAAAUAAUCUUUAUAUAUUUUUUUUUUUACAUUUUUUAUUUAUUACAUAUUUUAUCCAUAUAUAACAAUUUAUUAAAAAUAGCAUAUUUAAAUAAGUUAUUAAAGUUGACUUUCAUAAAUAUUAAAAAAAUGAAUUGUAAAGUAAUAUAUAAUUGAAUUAAUACAAUGCUUCAUUCUUUUUUAAAAGAUAAUGUAUUAAAUGUUCCUGUAUAAAUAGAUUUCAUGUAGUGCCUCUAAUACUAUGAUUUUAUAUUUAUUCUUAUUCUAUGUAUAAACUUAUUAAAAUAUAAAUUACAUGAAAAAAUUUUGAAAUUAUUAUGGUUAAAUAUUAUAAAUUUUUAUGUAAUAUAUAUGAAUUUAUAAUUAGUAAUUAAAUUAUCAAUUUUUAUUAUGAAUAUUAUUUCAUCGUGAAUUAUUAUUAAUAUUAAGCUUUAUCAUAUUCAUUAUUGUAUGUAUGUAAGAAUAUAAGUAUAUCAUGCCAAUAUUUAUGCUGAUAUAUAAAUACAAUUUAUUGAUAAACAUAUAUGUAUUAUAAUUUCUGAUAUGUAAUAAAUUAUAUUAUAUAUAUAA